AUUGCCGUCAGUCGUAUUUUAUUUGACAUUUUAUUAAUUUUCCAAUUUUCUUCACUAGUUCACUCAUCACACGAAAAUUAUGAAUUCCUCCAAAUUACUUUUUCUUUUAAUAACUUUUUCAUUUGUCCUUCUCGGAUCGUGUUUCCUUGAAAACGAUGGCUGGAUAAGUAUUGAACUUCAUCAUGCCUUGGAUACAUCAAACCCUGAAAGAUUUACUCAUCGUGGCAAUGUAACAAUUCCCAGUUUAUUUGGACAAGCAAAAGUAGACCAGGAAGUCCUCACUCAAUCAGAAAGACAGGGCUUAAAGAAAUUGGCGGAAAGUAACGACUUCUACAGACUUAAGGCAAAUGUUAUCUAUCCCGAUGGUACGCGCUACACAUUCCUGACGGCAACAAAGGCGUGUGCUCUGGUGCAAUCGGACUUAUACGACGUAAUUUGGGUGUCAAUCGACGGAACAGGAUUUGUCACCACCGUGACGCAGACAAUCUUCAGUUCUGGUUUUGCCGAUUGUACAAAUAGCCAAAUUUCAACUUCCAGCCUCGAUGAAUUCAACACCGAUGUCCUAAUCAAACAUAUGGAACAAGCACCAGUCCCAGACACUGCUAGUUUCAUCCAGAAGGUCGAGCGGGAGCGUGAGGCUCGCGAAAAAGGUGAGGUCCGGGAUCAUCGAGGAUUCUUUGCAAAAUACUGGAUGUACAUUGUACCCGUUGUCCUCUUGGUAUUCAUUUCUGGAGCAACGAACCAAGAUGGUGCCAAGUAGAGGAACACAAUAAUUUAUUCAAUGUUUUGCAUUUUGUCUUAAUUUAAAUGAAAAUUAAAAUUUAGUGUACCAAUA